UUUCUGCUCUCACGGGCUGAUCCGAGAGUUUGGCAUCAACUCAGAGCACCGGGCUGCGAGUCAGCACCCCAUUUCCUUUUAAAUAACAGAGUUUGAGUGUCGAAGUGUGCUGUUUGCUCGUCAGGAGGAAACUCCCUGGCUUAUUGGUUGUAAGAAAUCAUUCAAGUCAGAAUAUCUGUUCCUUGCCAAUCAGGAUGGUCCGGCGAGUGGCCGUGAUAGGAGCUGGGGUGAGUGGCCUGUCCUCCAUCAAAUGCUGCCUGGAUGAGGGCCUGGAGCCCACCUGCUUUGAGAGGAGCAAGGACUUCGGGGGACUCUGGAAGUUCACUGACAGUUCUGAGGAUGGAAUGACCAGAGUGUACAGGUCACUGGUGACCAACGUCUGCAAGGAAAUGUCAUCUUAUAGCGACUUCCCCUUCCACGAGGACUAUCCCAACUUCAUGAGCCAAGAGAAGUUCUGGAACUAUCUCCGAGAAUUCGUGGAACACUUUGACCUUCUGAAAUACAUUCGUUUCCAGACCACAGUACGCAGCAUCACCAGGCGUCCAGACUUCACUGAAACCGGCCAGUGGGAGGUGGUCACAGAGAGAGAGGGCAAGCAGGACCAAGCUGUCUUCGACGCGGUGAUGGUGUGCACGGGACAUUACAUGAGCCCUCACUUACCUUCCUUCCCCGGAAUGCAUAAGUUCAGAGGCCAGGUCCUGCACAGUCAGGAAUACAAGACCCCAGAAGGCUUCCAGGGCAAGCGCGUGCUGGUGAUCGGGCUGGGGAACACAGGAGGGGACAUCGCUGUGGAACUCGGGCGGUCCGCAGCUCAGGUACUUCUCAGUACUAGAACUGGUACCUGGAUCCUUAGCCGAGACUCCCAUGGGGGUUACCCGUAUAAUAUGAUGAUUACAAGAAGAUAUCUGAAUUUUAUUUUUCAAAUGCUGCCUCCGUGUGUUCUAAAGCGGAUUCAAGAGAAACAGAGGAGUAAAAGAUUUAACCAUGAGAUUUACGGAUUGAGUAUUACCAGGGGGAAAAAGCCCAAAGUCAUCAUUAACGACGAGCUUCCGACUUGCAUCCUCUGUGGUGUGGUGGCCAUGAAGGCCGGCGUGAGGGAGUUUGGCACUACGUCGGUGGUCUUCGAGGAUGGCUCCGAGGAGCAGGUUGACGCCGUGAUCUUCGCCACGGGCUACAACUUCUCCUUCCCAUUUCUGGAGGAGCCUCUGCAAAGCCUCUGUGCCAAGAAACUGUUUCUGCACAAGUUCGUCUUCCCCGUAAGCCUGGACAGACCCACGCUGGCCAUCAUCGGUCUCAUCGGCCUCCAAGGGUCCAUCCUGGCCGGCACGGAGCUCCAGGCUCGAUGGGUCACCAGGGUAUUCAAAGGACUCUGCUCCAUCCCCCCGGCCCCCAAACUGAUGGCGGAGGCAACCAAGAAGCUGCAACUCAUAGAAAGCGGCGCCAUAGAAGAUACCUCACAGGACAAGCUCAACUUCAUCAGCUACCUGGACGAGCUGGCCACCUGCAUCGGCGCCAAGCCCAGCCUGCUUCUCUUCCUCAGCGACCCCAGGCUGGCCUGGCAUGUUUUCUUUGGGCCCUGCAGCCCAUACCAAUACCGCCUCCGGGGCCCUGGGAAGUGGGCUGGCGCCCGACGGGCCAUCCUCACGCAGUGGGACAGAACCCUGAAGCCCCUGCAGACCCGCAGAGUCCUGCCUGCCUCCGGGGGGCGCCCCUUCGGAGUCUGGGGCGCCUCCCUCCUGCUCGCCUCACUCCUGCUGCUCUGUCGGUCCUCUUCCUUCGUGGUUCUGCUGAGAGAGAAGCUGCAGGAGAGAAUCUCCAUGCAGCACCUGAGGAUGUGGUGAGGCUCGGCCGGGGUGCCAGAGGUGGCUGUCUCAGAAGUUCGGCGCAUCAGUUGGAGCCAUCAGUUCCUCUGCCUCCUGACCUCCUUUGCAGUUCCCUGCAAGCUCAGGCUCCUCGUCCAGGGUGGAAUGAUAGAGCCAUCAGUUCCUUUGUCUCCUGACCUCCUUUGCAGUUCCCUGCAAGCUCAGGCUCCUCUUCCAAGUGGAAUAAUGGAGCCAUCAGCCAGCUCUACUGUCUCCCGACCUCCUUUGCAGUUCCCUACAAACUCAGGCUUCUCAUCAAGGGGGAAUGAUGGAGUCAUCAGCUCUUCUGUCUCCCAACCUCCUUUGCAGUUCCCUGCAAGCUCAGGCUCCUCGUCCAGGGUGGAAUGAUGAAGCCAUCAGUUCCUCUCUCUCCGACCUCCUUUGCAGUUCCCUGCAAGCUCUAGCUUCUUGUUCAGGGUAGAAUGAUUGAACCAUCAGAUCCUCUGUCUCUUGGCCUCCUUUGCAGUUCCCUGCAAGCUCUGACUCCUCAUCCAGGGUGGAAUGAUGGAAUCAUCAGUUCCACUGUCUCCCCGCCUCCUUUGCAGUUCCCUGCAAGCUCCGGCUCUUCGUCCAGGGUGGAAUGAUGAAGCCGUCAGUUCCACUGUCUCCCGACUUCCUUUGCAGUUCCCUGCAAGCUCAGGCCACCCAUCGAGGGUGGAAUAAUUGAGCCAUCAACUCUGUCUCUUGACCUUUUCCCCCACUCCCUGCCAAGCCACCUGGCAUGCUUCUCUACCACCUUUGCCUUACUCUUCAAGGCCAAGACGUGGCCACUUUCAUGAGAUGGCACUGCAGUGAAGUGGUCUGUGGCCUUGGGAACAUAGAAAUGAUAUCAAAAGGGUCGGAGCUACUGCUGAGAAAUCAGAGGGCUGAGGGGAGACCCCGGAGGCAGACGAGACGGGCUGGAGUUUGGAGGGUGUUUGCUUGGUACACGGCCGACCUGGGUGCCCUGAGCACCACCAAGAGUGAUUCCUGAGCACAGAGCAUCACUGGGUGUGACUUGAAAUCAAUCAAACAAACAAAGAAACAAAUACAAAGCUAGCAGCGAGAAUGUUCUCUUACCAUCUAGAGUCUAACUAGGCAAAGAAGGGACCAGAGCAAUAGUCCAGCGGGGAAGGCUUUGCCUUGCAAACAGCUGCCCCGGGUUCGAUCCCCAGCAUCCCAUAGGGUCCCCCAAGCACCGCCAAGAGUAAUUCCUGAGUGCAGAGUCAGGAGUCAGCCCUGAGCAUGGUUGGGUGUGACCCAAAAGCCAUAAAAAAAAAAAAGGUUAAAGUUCUCACCUCGCACCUGGCUGACCCCAGCUCAAUGCCAGACACUGUGUGGUCCCCUGAGCAUCACCAGGAACAAGCUCCCAGCCCCAGCACUGAGCCAGGAAUAGCCUCUCAGCAUGAUCACGCAUGCCCCGUCUCUAGAAGGAAGGAUCCAGGAACUGUGUCCUUCAGCUGACAGGGGGAGACAGCCUGUGUCAGCCCAAGUGCAGAGCUGAGGGCGGUAAACUCCUUACACCCGUUUGUCUGUCUGUCUGUCUGUCUGUCUGUCUCUCUCUCUCUCUCUCUGCCUCCUCUCUCUCUCUCUCUCUGUGUCUCUCUCUCUCUCUCUCU